AUGGUGGUGGCGGUCGUCCUGGGGCUCAGCUGGCUCUGCGUGCCCCUGGGAGCGCUGGUUCUGGACUUCAAUAACAUCAAAGGCUCAGACCUGCAGGGCGCUCGGAAGGGUUCACAGUGUUUAUCUGACAAGGACUGUAAUACUAGAAAAUUCUGCCUCAAGCCCCAGGAUGAGAAGCCAUUCUGUGCUACCUGUCGUGGGGUACGAAGAAGGUGCCAGCGUGAUGCCAUGUGCUGCCCAGGGACACUCUGCCUGAAUGAUGUCUGCACUACAAUGGAAGAUGCAACCUCAGUCCUGGAAAGGCAAGCUGAGGAGCAAGAUGGUGUAGGUACAAAAGGAACACCUGGGCAUCCAAUUCAGGAAAACAAACCAAAACGGAAGCCAAACAUUAAGAAAUCACAAGUCAGUAAAGGACAAGAGGGGGAAAGCUGUCUUAGAACCUCUGACUGUGGACCUGGACUCUGCUGUGCCCGUCAUUUUUGGACUAAAAUGUGCAAGCCAGUCCUUUUAGAGGGACAAGUCUGCUCCAGGAGAGGACACAAAGACACUGCACAAGCGCCAGAAAUCUUCCAGCGCUGCGACUGUGGUCCUGGGCUAGUGUGUCGGAGUCAGGCCACUGGCAACAGACAACAUGCACGGUUAAGAGUCUGUCAGAAGCUCUAGCAAGCUGCAAAUACUUCAGAAUAAACAAGACUCCCAGCUGUAUUCAAGCAGCAGUUUGUUACAACCGAAUAUUAUAAUAACUGAUCUAGACUGUGCUAGACAACAUUGCUGCAGCUUUGAGGUUAAUGGAAAUUAGUUUGGAAUUUGUUUAUUUCCAGGAAAGUGCCAUAAUUCUGUAACCAAAAAAACGCUUAACUUUUAUCUAGUAAUAUCAGUUCAAAUUAAUUUUUGAAUAAUUUCUGAUUAAGUUUUGGUACCUGACAGAACUUUUGGGGGGGGGGGAGAUAUGACGUGAGGGAAAGUGAUAGUAUCUAUUCUUCAGUAAAUUCUUGUAACUUACCAGGGAAAAAUAAUCACAGCAAAUAUUUUAUUUUUCCCUAAUAACUCUAUAGUUCAUUUUUUUCCUUCUGGAAAGGAAAAUGACAUUUUAUUACAAAAUAAUUUGGUUAAAAAAGAUUUAAUAGGAAGUAGCAUUUUUAUGCUUGAAUAGCCUUCUGGAAGUUACCAGUUUUCAAUAAUUUUACUUAUCAUUUAAAAUUUUUUUACAUUUUGUAUUUAUUUAACAUAUUUCAAAACAGUGUCUUUCAGGAAUGUUUUUACUUAUAUAUCUUGACCACAUGAACUUAAAAGUUACUUGGGGAAAAAAACUAGGGCAAAAAAGUGAAAAAUGGGGGUCAGGGCGACAGCACAGUGGGUAGGGCAUUUGCCUUGCAUGUGGUCAACUGGAUUCGAGCCCUACCAGGAGUAAUUCCAGAAUGCAGAGCCAGGAGUCACCCCUGAACAUCACCGGGUAUGACUCAAAAAGUCAAAACCAAAAAAGUGAAAGACAUUUUUCCUAUUUAAGAAGUUGUACUUUGUAUAUGAGUGCCUAUUAGACAUGAUUUUGCUUAAGGAAGCUCUUUCUGAUUAUAAGCAACUAUUACAGAUUUCAUUAAAAGCUAAAUCAUAUACCUUUUUAAAAAAGUAUUUAUUACAAAAUCUAAUAUGAGCUAAUAAAAAUAAUGAAUAAAGGUCUCUAGUAUCUAAAAAGUAAUGACCCCUUUUCAGAUUGGUCUCUGUGUACACCUUAGUAGACAAACUUACAAUCAGUAACAGGGGAAAGGCAGUGGGACAAUGGAGGUGAAAACUGAAAAACUAAGAAUUUUCUUAUUAAAGACUUUUAUCUCUUAAUUCCCUCUAUUAAAUUAUUCACAAAGUAUGAUCAUGAACACAGUAUGCAAAUUUAAGCAUGUUUGCUAAUAAAAGAGGAACAGGUACUUCACACUGGCACAAGAGGUUUUAUUCACUACAACACAAGCCAAAGCGUGAUGAGAAACAACCAUUUAAAAACACCAAAGACCCUUACAUAGCAAAGGUUAGGAAAUAAAUUAAGAA